AUGGCCUUUACGUUGUACUCGCUGCUGAAGGCAGCCCUUCUCUGCGUCAAUGCCAUCGCCGUGCUUCACGAGGACCGUUUCCUCAAGAACACUGGCUGGGGAACAGACCAGGGAAUUGGAGGAUUCGGAGAAGAGCCAGGAAUUAAAUCUCAGCUAAUGAACCUUAUUCGAUCUGUAAGAACCGUGAUGAGAGUGCCAUUGAUAAUAGUAAACUCAAUUGCAAUUGUAUUACUUUUACUAUUUGGGUGAAGAUCAAUGGGGGAAAUGGAGACUCCGAAGACGACCUGCUGGCAGAAGUUAUUACUUCAGUCUUUAUUGAAGUAUACAUAUCUUAGCUGGCUCUCCUUGGACUUGACAAAAAUGUAAACCUUACAAUAAAACCAGAGUCCCUAUUUAUCUGAUUUUUUAAAAUGUUGCACUUACAGUUUUAUUGUAAAAAGAUCAGAUCAUCAGAGGCCAUAACUAUCGAGGAUUGGAAUACAUUUGAUUGCUGACUGCUGAUAAAAGUUCAUGCUACGGAAAAGAUUGUUAAAAGGGUGCAGGACUGUCACUUCUGUGUUUUUAGAGAUUCCUCUCUUUGACUUCUCAGGGAUGAAUUUUUUUUCAAAGUUCUUGUAACUUAGUUAUGAUGUGAGAACGAUUAUCCUCCUAGAUAAAAUUUAAAGGAUUUUUAAAAUAUAAAAUGUUAGGUAAUCUGGAUUGUUUUAUUUUGAACUCGUUGGUUAAGUAUUCUGUCUGUAUACUGUCUCAGCUAUGAAAAAUUCAAAUCCAUAGUAACUAUUGAGGAGCAAUACUCUG